UCUUCACAUUUUGUGGUUAGUUUCGAACUGCGCUUUGCUGUUGUGCAGUUUUCUCUAAAGGUGAAAUGGAAUCGACGUUCUCUCUCAUUGUGUUUGCAUACACACACUACGUUUAUUCCGAGAGACACCGUCUCCAGUUUGUUUACACCGUCCUCACCAAACCUGAUGGGUUCUCCGGUCCUGUGUUCAGUGCAGUGGGUCUGUAUGACGACAGACGGAUCUCUCACUACAGUAAUGAAGAACAAACCUGGAAAAGAGACCAUUCUGAUGCAGAAAUCUGGAGAUAUACAGAAGAACCUCGUGAUUCUAGAGACUGGUUUAUAAAUCUGGUUAACACUCUGACAAACUGCACAAGCUCCAGAUGUGAUGGCCUCCAUACUCUACAGAGGAGAAUCGGCUGUGAGGUGGAAAAACAUCCAGAUGGAUCAGUAAUGAAUGUAGAUGCAUUUGAUGAGUAUGGACAUGAUGGAGAGGAUUUUAUUGCCUUUGAUACUGGCACAAUGCAAUGGAAGGAUAAAAGUCCAAAGGCAAAAGAAACCAAAAUGAAAUGGGACACUGAGAGAAAUCGCAAUCAGUAUCUCCAGUCAUACCUCAACAACUGCAUGGACAGGAUCUCCACAUUUAAUGUGUCGAUAAGCACAGGUCCACCAGCUCUUUACAUGUUUAGAUCUGCAGCUCCUCAUGACCAAAGCAAGCUGAUUCUGACCUGUCUGGCCACUGGUUUCUACCCCAAACACAUAGAGAUGAACGUCACACAAAACAACAUCACACUCCAACCAUUCAGCUCUACUGGAGUCAGACCCAACAAUAACCAGACCUUUCAGAUGAGAACCAGUGUGGAGAUAAACAGAGAUGAGAAACAGAGUUAUGAGUGUCACAUCCUUCACAGCAGUCAGAUAUUUACAAUAUUAUGGGAUAGAAAUCUGGAAUCUAGAAGUCACCAUUGGGCAGCAGUAGCUGCAGGUGCUUUUGUAAUUGUGGUUCUUUGCAUCAUGUCUUUAAUCUACAAAAGCAGAAGGUUAAAUGGCUAGAUGAACUUUAAUAGUUCCACCACAGAACAUUGUGAAAACAUCAACUCCGGGUCAGUGGAUCUCCUGCAAGUGAAAGUGACAUGAGAAUCAAAUACACACUGGUGCAGAUGAUUGACAUUCCAGGGCCCGGUUUAUGGCAGGAGCCCCUCCCUGACCACAAUAGCGGACGAAGGUUUGCUACAUUUUGAUUGGAUCUUGGUGGACUAACAUAAGCAAACUGUCCAACGCCAUCAGAUAAAGAUGCCAGGACAACAGCCAGACACCUCUUAGAAGGCAAGAAGCAGACCUUUGGUGCAAAGCCCAGGAAGGACAGAACUUCCUCUUGGUCAAACUGCAGUUCCUGCCCUUCACCCACCUACUGACUGAUUCCUAAGGUUUUGGCCUGCAACUGACCAUAAAAAUCCAUCCAAAUCCUUUCAUAAAUAUGUUUUCAAACCUUAAAACUGAUGCACACUACAACACAAACAUCUUAUACUUAUUCAGAGAAAUAAGUAUUCCUAGUUACAGCAACGUGUAGCGUGUAUCUUAAACAAACUCAGCUGUUAGAAAUUAAUGGGAUAAAUUAAUGCAUGCAUGACAGUUCAACCUUUUCCCAUCAUGUUUGGACUUAAUGUGUUCGUAACAUUAUCAAAUGCAUUCUGGUUGUGGUUUGGAAAGUUGGAAAUGCACCAGAAUAACUUUAGUGACACUUUUCUAACUUUUUGUUUGGACUAUGCAAAUAAGCUCUACAGGAGGAAAGAUGGAACCAGCCAAUCACAGCACAGAAAUGGAGAUGUGCCAAAUUACAACCUCCUCCUCAUCAGAAGGGGAUAAAUGUACUGUUAGAUCGCUGUCUCCAUGCCUAGACAAUUAAGAUCCAGCCCCGGAUGGCAGAUCCAGUCAGAAAAUAUCAGUUUGUCCGGUAACAGAACAACUCGUCAGCAGAGUCUAAUACCCAAACCCUGUUAACAGGAGGUCUUGUCUGGUACCAAAAAUACCUAAAACACUAUUAACAGUCUUCUAUCAGCCAAGAAGUUGACUGAGGAAAAAGCCAAUGAAAGUGAAGAGCAGAAGCAAGAGACGAAGUAUGAUGAUAGAAAGGAGCAGAGUUUAUUGAAUAGUCUUAGUUAUGUAUGCCUCAAUGCUCAGACUUUGUCUGAAGAACCUUGAGUUCUAUAAACAUUCCCUUGUAUCUCUUAUUCAUGAAGACAAACAGCCCUUGAAGCUACACAGUCAUAAGACUAAACAACAAUGGAAAAAAUAUAUAAAAAAACAACUACAAUAUAAUAUAAAUGACUAAUCAAUUAAUGAAUCAAUUAAAUUAAUAUAUAAAUCAAUAUAAUCAUUAUUAUAAAUGAUUAUAUGAUUAAAUGAUUAAUGAUUAUAAAUGAAUGAAGAAAGCAAAACACAACACAAAUGUAUGGUUGCUCUGAGGCAAAACCCACACAGUUUGCAUUUGAGGAUUGUCAGAUCCUUCAGUACCCUUCCAAAAGACACUCCUUGUUCUGAGUCUGAACCCUGUGAGGUAAGGGACACUAACAAAGCAACAAAGUUCUGAGUCUCCCGUCUGAGUCUUGCAUGCUCCAAGCUAAGGACCUUCAGCACCUACUCCAGGGCCACAUCUGUGUGUUCCAGACCUUGGGACCCUUGCUGCUCCAGGAGGCUGUCGAAACGGAUUCCUGCUCCUUCCCCCACUGUACGGCUACCAGCGCAACCAGUGGGAGAAGUCGCCGCCACCGGACUGCUCACUUGCAUUUUAUGCAUCUUAUGCACUUUAUUCCUUUUUCAUUCAUGGUACUCAUUUAGUAGUUGUUGAUUACUCUUGUCUAUCUUUUGUUAAUAAAAUGUAUAUUAUUAGAA